AUGACAAGGAAACAUUUAACACACGAAUACUAAAUAUUUAUAUUCCACGACUCGCUGGCGCAAUAAAAACAGGAAGCCAUGUUGAAGUUUAAAUACGGCGGUCAAAACAGCAUCAAGGACCUGGCCAGCCUGGAUCCCAUAACCAGCCGCUGCUCCCGACUCAAUCUGCUCUUACAGGGAAAGGGCAGUUUCCAACCGCAGCAGGGCGGGGUCAGUGUGACAAGGGAGGGGCUGCUGGAAGCCCUGCUCCUGCUCUUUCAGGAGUGCAGCUCCCCGGAGCUCAUGAAGAUCAAACAUGUGGCCAAUUUUGUCAAUAAGUUCUCAGAGGUGGUGUCAGAGCUGCGGGACCUGCAGCCAGGCCCGCGGGAUUUCGAGCAGAGGGGCAUUGUGGGCCGGGGGCGUUUCGCCGAGGUGCGGGUGGUGAAGGAGAGAGCUACGGGGGAUGUGUAUGCCAUGAAGGUCAUGAGCAAGACCUGCCUGCGCUCCAUGGACUAUAUGACUUCUUAUGAGGAGGAACGCGGCAUACUAGCAUUGAACAGCAGCCCCUGGCUCCCCCAGCUGCAACAUGCCUUCCAGGACAAAGAUAAUGUAUACCUGGUGAUGGAGUACAUGCCUGGGGGAGACCUCAUGGCUCUCAUGAACAGGUAUGAGGAGCAGUUCGACGAAGCGAUGGCGCAGUUCUACCUGUCAGAGCUGGUGCAGGCUAUCCACACAGUGCAUCAGAUGGGAUACGUGCACAGAGACAUCAAACCGGAGAACGUCCUGAUCGACCGGACCGGGCACAUCAAGCUGGCGGAUUUCGGUUCGGCGGCCAAGCUCGCGGCUAAUAAGACGGUUACGGCGUCCAGGCUGCCAGUCGGGACCCAGGACUUCCUGGCCCCCGAGGUGCUGGCUGCGAUGAGUGGGGGCGCCCAGGCCUCGUAUGGGGUGGAGUGCGACUGGUGGUCCCUGGGGGUCAUUGCCUACGAGAUGAUCUACAUGAAGUCCCCCUUCGCCGAGGGCACCUCCACCAAGACCAUCAACAACAUCAUGAACUUCCAGCGCUACCUGAAGUUUCCGGAAGAGCCCAAGGCCAGCAAGCACUUUGUGGACCUGGUGCAGAGCCUGCUGUGUGGGGUACGGGACCGCCUCGGGUUCGAGGGUCUGCGCUGCCACCCCUUUUUCUCAGGGGUCGACUGGGGCAGCCUACGGCAAGCUCUCCCUCCUUUUGUUCCCGCGCUCCGCACCGAAGAUGACACCUCCAAUUUCGACGAGCCCGAGAAGCCCUCGCCCCGGCCGACGGCUGCCCCGCUCCACCCCCAACGCCCCCCGGGCUUCCAGGGUGAGGACCUGCCCUUUCUAGGGUGGUUCUACAGCAAGGCGCUGACGGUGCUGGCCAGGACUGAAUCAGUGUCCGCAAGCCUCAACUCCCCAGCGAAGACCAACUCCCUGGAAAAAAAGCUCCACAUUAAAAGCAAAGAACUGCAGGAGACGCAAGACAGAUGUCACAAGAUGGAGCAAGAAAUCUCCCGAGUCCAGCGCAAGAUGUCUGACCUGGAGUCUGUGCUGCAGCAGAAAGAUGUGGAGCUGAAGGCCUCAGAGACACAGAGGACCAUCCUGGAGCAGGACCUGGCUACCUACAUCACAGAGUGCAGCAGCCUGAAGCGCAGCCUGGAGCAGGCACGCAUGGAGGUGUCUCAGGAGGAUGACAAGGCUCUGCAGCUGCUACACGACAUCCGCGAGCAGAGCAACAAGCUGCAGGAGAUCAAGGAGCAGGAGUACCACGCCCAGCUGGAGGAGAUGCGGGUGACAAUUCGGCAGCUGGAAGAGGACCUAUCCGCGGCCCGUCGCCGCAGCGACCUGUAUGAGUCCGAGCUGAAGGAGUCCCGGCAGACGAGUGAAGAGCUUAAGAGGAAGGCGGCCGACUAUCAGCAGAGGAUCCAGAAGGCCAAAGAACAAGGCAAGGCGGAGGUGGAGGAGCUGCUCUCCAAGCUGGAGAAGACCAAUGCAGAGCAGCAAGUGAAAAUACAGGAGCUUCAGGAGAAACUGGCCAAGGCGGUGAAGGCGAGCACGGAGGCCACGGAGCUGCUGCAGAACAUCCGGCAGGCCAAGGAGCGGCUGGAGCGCGAGCUGGAGAGGCUGCAGAGCAAGGAGGACUCCAGCGACAGCCUGCGCAGACGGCUGCGCGAGACCGAGGAUGGCAGGAAGACCCUGGAGAACCAGGUGAAGAGGCUAGAGAUGGUGGAGCGCCGGGAGAACAAGCUCAAAGAUGACAUUCAGACCAAAUCCCAGCAGAUACAGCAGAUGGCGGAUAAGAUCCUGGAGUUGGAGGAGAGUCUGCGGGAGGCCCAGGCCACUGCCCAGCGGAUGGAGACCCACCUGGUGCAGAAGGAGAGGCUGUAUGAGGACAAGAUCAAGGUUCUGGAGGCCCAGAUGAAGGCGGAUCUGGCCGAGAAAGAGGCUCUGGAGUCCAAGCGGGCCAAGCACGAGGAAGAGGCUCGGGAGAAAUGCAAGCUCAUCAGCGAGCAGACGGCGACCAUCAAUGCCAUGGACUCCAAGAUGAAGAGCCUGGAGCAGAGGAUUGCAGAGCUGUCUGAGGCCAACAAGCUGGCAGCCAACAGCAGCAUCUACACCCAGAAGAACAUGAAAGCCCAAGAGGAGAUGAUCUCCGAGCUGAGGCAGCAGAAGUUCUACCUGGAGUCGCAGGCGGGCAAGCUGGAAGCCCAGAACGCCAAGCUGGAGGAGCACCUGGAGAAGAUGAACCAGCAGGAACAGAGCAACAAGAGCCGGCUGCUGGAGCUGGAGACCAGGCUGAGAGAGGUGGGCCUGGAGCACGAGGAGCAGAAGCUGGAGAUCAAGCGGCAGGUGACGGAGCUGACGCUGUCUCUGCAGGAGCGCGAGUCGCAGAUCAGCGGGUUGCAGGUGGCGCGGCAGGCCCUGGAGAGCCAGCUCCAGCAGGCCAAGACCGAGCUGGAGGAGACCACGGCCGAGGCUGAGGAGGAGAUCACCGCGCUCAGGGCUCACCGAGACGAGAUCCAGCGCAAGUUUGACGCUCUGAGAGACAGCUGCGCGGUAAUCACUGACCUGGAGGAACAGCUGACCCAGCUGACCCAGGAGAACGCCGAACUGAACCGGCAGAACUUCUACCUGUCCAAGCAGCUGGACGAGGCUUCGGACGAGAACGAGGACCGUCUGCAGCUGAAGCAGGAUGUGGACCGGCUGCGUAGGGAGGUGGCCGACCGCGAGAUGCACCUCAACAACCAGAAACAGAACAUCGAGACCCUGAAGACGACGUGCACCAUGCUGGAGGAGCAGGUGCUGGAGCUGGAGACCCUGAACGACGAGCUGCUGGAGAAGGAGAGGCAGUGGGAGGCCUGGAGGAGCACCCUGGAGGACGAGAAGGGCCAGGCCGAGAGGAGGACCCGUGACAUGCAGAGGAUGCUGGACAACGAGAAACAGAACAGGCUGCGCGCAGACCAGCGCAGUACAGAGUCCCGCCAGGCGGUGGAGUUAGCGGUCAAGGAGCACAAGGCUGAGAUCGUGGCCCUACAGCAGGCCCUGAAGGAGCAGAAGCUGAAGGCCGAGAGCCUCUCUGAUACGCUGAACGACUUGGAGAAGAAGCACGCCAUGCUGGAGAUGAACGCCCGUAGCCUACAGCAGAAGCUGGAAUCGGAGCGGGAGCUCAAACAGAGGCUGCUGGACGAGCAAGGGAAGCUUCAGCAGCAGAUGGACAUGCAGAAGACGCACAUCUUCCGGCUGACUCAGGGCCUGCAGGAUGCCCUGGACCAGACCGACCUGCUGAAGACAGAGCGGACAGACCUGGAGUACCAGCUGGAGAACAUCCAGGCCGUGUACUCUCAUGAGAAAGUGAAGAUGGAGGGCACCAUAUCGCAGCAGACCAAACUCAUAGACUUCCUCCAGGCCAAGAUGGACCAGCCCUCCAAGAAAAAGAAGGGCAUCUUCGGCCGUCGCCGUGAGGACCUGGUCGCCGCGGCAGCAGCAGCCCAGGCGCAGGUGCCCAUGCAGUACAGCGACAUGAAGGUGGCGCUGGACAAGGAGCGGGCGCGCUGCGCCGAGCUGGAGGAGGCGCUGCAGAAGAUGCGCAUCGAGCUGCGCUCCCUGCGGGAGGAGGCGAACCACUUCAAGGCCAUGGAGCACGGCACUCCCGCCACCCCGGCCACAGCCCGCCAGCAGAUCAUCAUGUCUGCCAUCGUCAAGUCCCCCGAGCACCAGCCCAAUCCCAGCAGCCUCCUUGCCCCCUCCAACUCUGCCCGCAGGAAGGAGACCUCCACACCCGAAGAGUACGGGCGGCGCGUGAAGGAGAGGAUGCACCACAACAUCCCGCACCGCUUCACCGUCGGCCUCAACAUGAGGGCCUCCAAGUGCGCCGUCUGCCUGGACACCGUGCAUUUCGGCAGGCAGGCGGCCACCUGCGUGGAAUGUCACGCUUUGUGCCAUCCAAAAUGCUCCCCCUGCCUUCCAGCCACGUGCGGCCUACCCGCCGAGUACGCCCUGCACUUCUGCGAGGUGCUGUGCCGGGACAAAGCCAGCUCCCCCGGCCUGCAGCUCAAGGAGGCCAGCGGCCACGUGCGUCUGGAGGGCUGGAUGAAGCAACCCAGGAAUGGGAAGCGUGGUCAGGGCUGGGAGAGGAAGUACGUGGUGCUGGACGGGACCAAGGUGUCCGUCUACGAGACCGAGCCCAGAGAAGACUCGGUGAAGCCGUUGGAGGAGUUUGAGCUGUGCCUGCCCGACGGUGACGUGACAGUGCACGGAGCCGUGGGGGCGACCGAGCUGGCCAACACCGCCAAGUCAGAUAUCCCCUAUGUGCUGAAGCUGGAGUCCCACCCACACACCACCUGCUGGCCGGGCCAGUCCAUGUACUUCAUGGCCCCCAGCUUCCCCGACAAGCAGCGCUGGGUGUCAGUGCUGGAGUCCGUGGUGGCAGGAGGGCGGGCGUCACGGGAGAAAGCCGAGGCCGACGCUAAACUGCUGGGCAAUUCCCUGCUGAAGCUGGAGGGAGACGACCGCCUGGACAUCAACUGCACUCUGCCUCUCACUGACCAGAUAGUUCUGGUGGGCUCCGAGGAGGGUCUCUAUGCCCUGAAUGUGAUCAAGAACUCCCUGACCCACAUCCCCGGCCUGGGCUCCGUCUUUCAGAUCCAUAUCCUGAAGGAGCACGAGAAGCUGCUCAUGAUCACGGGGGCGGAGAGGGCGCUGUGUCUGGUCGAGAUCAAGAAGGUGAAGCAGUCCCUGUCCCAGUCCCACCUCCCCGCCCAGCCUGAGCUUGCGCCCUACAUCUUUGAGACGGUCAAAGGCUGCCACCUCUUCGCCGCGGGCAGGAUUGAGAACGGGCCAUGUAUCUGCGCGGCCAUGCCCAACAAGAUCACCAUCCUGCGCUACAACGACAACCUCAGCAAGUUCUGCAUCAGGAAGGAGAUCGAGACUCUGGAGCCCUGCAGCUGCAUACACUUCACCAGCUACAGCAUCAUCAUCGGCACCAACAAGUUCUACGAGAUCGAGAUGAAGCAGUAUGUGCUGGAAGAGUUCCUGGAUAAGAACGACGUGACGCUGGCCUCCGCUGUCUUUGCCGCCUCCUCCCACAGCUUCCCCAUCGCCAUCAUGCAGGUCAACAGCACCCCGCAGAAGGAGGAGUACCUGCUCUGCUUCCAUGAGUUCGGUGUGUUUGUGGAUGCGUACGGCAGGAGGAGCCGCAAUGAAGACAUCAAAUGGAGCCGCCUGCCUCUGGCUUUUGCUUACAGAGAGCCAUACCUGUUUGUGACCUACUUCAACUCCUUGGAUGUCAUCGAGGUCCAAGGACACUCUUCUCUGGGUCCCCCGCCCCACGCUCACCUGGACAUUCCCAACCCACGCUACCUGGGCCCGGCCAUCUCGUCCGGGGCCAUCUACCUGGCCUCCUCCUACCAGAACAAGCUGAGGGUGAUCUGCUGCAAGGGCAACCUGGUGCGUGAGUCCGGAGAACUGCAGAGAACCGGGUCCAGCCGCAGCAGCCCCAACAAGCGCGGCCCCCCCUCCUACAACGAGCACAUCUCCAAGCGGCUGGCCUCGGGUCCGGGGACACAGGAGGGCGGCCUGCACCGGGAGCCCAGCACCCCGCACCGCUACCGCGAGGGCCGCACCGAGUUCCGGCGGGACAAGUCGCCGGCGCGGCCACUGGACCGGGAGAAGUCGCCCGGCAGGAUGCUGGACAGCCGCAGAGAGAGGUCCCCCGGGAGGGUGUUCGAGGAGCGGACGCGGCUCCACACCGGCUCCGUCCGCACGCCCCUCACACCCGUCAACAAGGUGUGGGAUCAGUCGUCCGUCUGAGGGCGCUUUCUGACUGCUCUGAAGAGGAACAGGCCCUCGCCCAAUCAGACAGCACCACAGUCAAUGUUCUGUAUGGACCCAGUGAUGCCAAGGAGACACCAAACAUGGCAACUCCGGCAAUGGCACCGUGUAAAUGAUUUGAUUUUGUUGCGAGCCAUACAGCUCUGCAUUUGGGACGUCCACUCCCAGUCUCAGCCCCCUACCCCCUGUGCGCUCAUGAAGAGGGUCCCGGCUGAGAAUCCAAGUUUGAAACACAGAAAUACCGUCCACACUCAUUUCCUGCUUGCCUGUAGUCCAAUACAAUAAUCUUUAUAGCACUACUUGAUCUUCAAUACUGUAAAUAGAGUAACUCCAGUUUUUAUAGAUAAUAAAGGGAAUAUUAGGCUGGUAAAGCCAAGUCUAUUUUUAUUAACAAAGAGUUUCUAAUGUGUCCACUGAGUGUUGAAGCGUUUCCUAUUGAAAAGAUAAUCAAACAUUCUGAAUGAGUAAUACUACAUUUUCCUCUUGGCUUCUGUAGUAAUCACAGCACUUUAGAGUCAUGCAGUUUUUCAGGAGUUGGAUCUCUUUUUUUGGGUGGAGCGUUUUCGCCUGGUCCAACCGACUAACGCCUUUCAUUUAACAAGAUUUCAUUAUGCUAAUUAAGUAUUGAGCUAACCACUUUUCAGUAAGCGAUAGAGGAAAUCCUACCUUUUGCUACAAGCUUCCUUGUGUUGUGUAAAUAAUCUAUGAUCCGAGUUUUUUUCCUGUGUGGAGGAAGAAUAAGGGCACCUACCAGGGUGCAAGCAGUUUGAAGUUAAGCUCCCAGAAAGCUUUGCGAGGCUUUUCUUAGGGCCAGGUGUGAGGUACAGGUGCCCUGUUCUUUCUACUGUGCGGUGAACAAUGAUGUCCAGCGACCCUCAGGGUUUGUUUCGAGUGUUACAGCUUCCUUUUGUUGUGAGAUUGCAGUGCUGAAGUGCUACAGCUAGAAAUUUUUUCAAAAAAAUUUAAAAAAAAAAAUUAAUAUUCACAACCUUGUUACCAAAAGCACUUGUUGAAGCUGCACUGUAAAGCAUGUGUAAUUUCACUGUUUCACUCCUCUUUCCUCGAUUUUUGUGUUUUUGCCCCUUUUCCUCUAUGUAUUCACUUAAAUUGUGCAUUUAACAAAUAUAUUGUUUUUAAAAGCCGCUAACAACAUUAAUUGGCUUACCUUGAGUUUUUUAAUGUACAAGUACAUUAAACAUGACUGAACAACCCUAAAACGUGUGCCUGUUGUCCAGUGCUGUUCCCCUCUGACCUCGAUCACAGCGGUCAUUCUGCCAGUUGAAGUAUUGAAUGCUGUUGCGUCAGGAAGGAACUACUGUUGUCACAUUAAAAUCCAUU